GUUCGAGAGCUCUUGUGAUCAAUUCGUCACUCAACACACAAUUAAGUUUCUUAAUGAGAUUUAAAUGCUUUUCAGGGUUGUCGCCUUUGGUUUCCUCACACUGCUUGAAUAUUUGGUCCAAAACCUGAGGUAUAUCUUAAAAGGAGUUACGGAAGCUGGAGCAGUUGCCACCAUGUCUAGAAGGAUAAGUGCGCCAAGAAAACAGCUCACCAUGUCCAGCUUUCUGGGCAUUGGUCAGAGUCUGGGCCAAAGUAGUCAAUCAACAACUUCUAAUGCGAAAGCGCUGCCAAGAAGGGUCAACAAUCCCAUAUUCUUGGAUUCCUCAUCCUCGGAAGACGAAGCAAAACCAAGCACAUCGUCGACGAAAAAAAAGAAGUCUAGUCCAGACGAAAACAAAGACACUAAUCUGAUAAAGAAAUAUGAAUUCGAAAGCGUCACUCAAUCACCACUUGCUCCUGCUGCCCCCCUUCAGCAUAGUUUUGAUAACCUAGAUGAAAUACUCAAACGGGAUACCAGCUAUCAGGCCUCGUUGUCCAAGCUGAACGACAACAUGAAGAAGCUAACCCAGGUGUCCGCCACUCCUAAAGAAACAUCAUCAGUUAGUCAGCCAUCAACUACUGCACCAAGCUUCAGCACCAGUAACAGCUCCUUGGAUGACAGUUUUGAUGCCAUGGUCAAAGGAUCUCAGAUGCAGUCAUUGACGAGCUCUAAACUAAGCCAAGGCAAGAAUCGGAGAAUAACGCAGGACAACUCUUCUAUACCCUUCGAUAAUAGCUUUGAUGCUACAAUUAAAAUAACUCAGAGUCCGCCAAAGACAAGCUCCAAACUAAUCCAAGACAAGAAUCGGAAAAUAACUAUCGACAGUACUACUCCUUCUUUGAAUAAUAGCUUUGAUGCUAUGAUUAAAAUAACUCAGAGUCCGCCAAAGGCAAGUUCCAAACUAAUCCAAGACAAGAAUCGGAAAAUAACUAUCGACAGUCUAUCUCCGCCCUUGGGUGAAGAACGCACUUUUUAUCAAGUAUCAAAUAAAAUCCCAUCCAAGCCUAAAGAACGCAUUGCGUUGAUGGCAGGAGUAGUCUCUGAUGCGGUUGAAACUAAGCAAUCAUUAGUCGAGAAUGAAAACACAAUCCCAGCCAAGUCAUCAAUGUCCAAGGCGUCUCCUGUCCCAGUGAAACCCCGUUUAAGUGUGGCCUUUGACAUGUCCCUGGGCGACUAUCUGCGGAAUCUUGCUCAAAAUGAUACCUUUAAAGUAGACGUGAAUCAACAAAAUACUGCCACCCUGAAGUCCACUCUGAACUUCUUCGAGUCCACCUACAUGGAAUUGAUGGAAAAGUAUUGUUGCCUGAUUGAUCAAAUACCAGCGCUCCAUUUCAGUGAUAUCGAUGGAUUUGAGACCAACACAUUUCUCAAGCUAAAAGUAAUGCGACAAAAGUUUAGAGCGCGUACCCAAUUGAUACAGAAGAAACUGGAGAAGCAGGAACGGGAACAGGCAGCUGAACAGGAGAUGCUGGAGCUGGAGGAACGCCAAAUGCUGGAGGAACAAGAACAAGUGGCCAGAGAGAGGAAAGAGGAAAUGAUGGAACAAGUUAAUGUGAAACCGAAUAAACCUUUGCCAUCACCACAUCCUCACACAGUGACCAAGAAUGUUUUAGAUGAGCAAAGAGAGUUGCGUCUGCGUGAGGAACUUGUUCAUGAUCUCUGCGAGGAGCCUGAUGAUGAAGAUGAGGCAAAUUAUUUGGCUCAGACUAUGCUAUGUGAUGGAGAUCUUGAUGGUCAGGAGUUGUUCAGUUCCACUCAGCCAGUUAAGGGAAAGAAGGAAGCCAUUAUGUAUGAUGGGAAUGACGAUGAUGAUCUGGAAGGCUUGCUGGCUGAAAUUGAAGAGGAGCAUCAAUCAAUGCAAGGACGCUCAUCGGACUAUAAUAACUUUGCCUAUAGAGAUUUCGAAGAAAAGGCCAAGCAAAUUGAAAAAAAAUCCAAACCUGCCCAAGCGAACAUUACUCUGGAUGAUGAUGGCUUUCCUGAAUACGAUGAGAGUCUCUUCGAGCAAAUGCAUUCGCAGGCUGCAGCGGCUUCCAGUGUGUCCACCUCCAAGCCGCCAGUAACAACUCCUAGGACUUUGGAUCUAACAGGCGGACCCAGCACUAGCAAGUCAAUUGUGUCAAAGAACCCAAGCCAAGAGUCGUCCGGGAACUUUCAUUCGAAUGUUCAGAAUGAUGGCAUCACCGGCGAAUUCGAUGGCCUCAAGUUCGAUCACUCCAGUCGGAUGACUCAGGCUCUAAGCUAUAGUUUUGGUCUGAAGUCAUUUCGGCCCAAUCAGUUGCAGGUGAUCAAUGCGGCUCUCUUGGGCAACGAUUGUUUCGUACUUAUGCCCACGGGAGGAGGCAAAUCCCUGUGCUAUCAGCUACCCGCCAUUCUCACCGAAGGGGUGACCAUAGUCAUCAGUCCAUUGAAAUCAUUGAUUUUCGAUCAAGUCAACAAGUUGGCUAGUUUGGAUAUCUGUGCGAAGAGCAUGUCGGGUGAGCAGUCAAUGAGCGAUGCAAUGACCAUCUACAGAGAUUUGGAGUCGCAUCCCCCUUUGGUAAAGCUGCUAUACGUCACGCCCGAAAAGAUAUCCAGUUCGGCUCGCUUCCAGGACACAUUGGACACCCUGAAUUCAAACAAUUAUAUAAGUCGGUUUGUUAUCGAUGAAGCUCACUGCGUCUCCCAAUGGGGCCAUGACUUUCGACCCGAUUACAAAAAGUUGGGCAUCCUGCGCAAACGUUUUCCCAAUGUCCCAACAAUGGCAUUGACUGCCACUGCCACGCCACGUGUACGCUUGGAUAUACUCUCCCAGCUCAAUCUCACGCAAUGCAAGUGGUUCCUCUCCAGCUUCAAUCGUAGCAAUUUGCGCUAUAAAGUACUGCCCAAGAAGGGAGCCUCCACAUUGGAAGACAUCAGUGCAUUCAUUAAGUCACGACCCGCCAAUUCAAGUGGAAUCAUCUAUUGUCUGUCUCGGAAGGAGUGCGAUGAUGUGUCCCAGAAGAUGUGCAAAGCGGGCAUAAGAUCGGUGGCCUAUCAUGCCGGGCUCAGUGAUACGGAACGAGAAUCACGUCAAAAAGAUUGGAUCCUUUCGAAGGUCAGGGUGAUUUGUGCCACAAUAGCUUUUGGCAUGGGCAUAGAUAAACCAGAUGUUCGAUUUGUUCUCCACUAUUCGUUGCCCAAAUCAAUUGAGGGUUACUAUCAGGAGGCUGGGCGAGCUGGACGUGAUGGAGACAUAGCUGAGUGUAUUCUCUAUUACAAUUAUUCGGAUAUGCUGCGGCUAAAGAAGAUGUUGGAUGGUGAUCGCGCAUUGAAUUAUAAUGUAAAAAAGAUGCAUAUUGAUAAUCUCUAUCGCAUUGUUGGAUAUUGCGAGAAUAUUACGGAUUGCCGACGUGCCCAGCAAUUGGAUUACUUUGGCGAACAUUUUACCAGUGAACAGUGUCUUGAAAAUCGAAAAACUGCCUGCGAUAAUUGUUUGAAGAAACAAGAGUAUCAGCUAACUGAUGUCUUGGAACAGGCUCGCAAGGCGGCCCGUGCUGUCAAGGAUUUGUGCAGUGGCAAAUCUCGAUUUACUCUGCUGCAUAUAGCCGAUGUUCUCAAGGGUUCCCUGAUUAAGAAAAUUGUUGAGUUUGGCCAUAACAAGACCCCACAUCAUAGUGGUCUGAAAGAAUGGGACAAAGGCGAUAUUCAGAGGCUGCUACGUAAAAUGGUAAUCGAUGGUUACUUGCGGGAGGAUUUGAUAUUCACCAAAGACAUACCGCAGGCCUAUAUCUACCUGGGCCCAGUCAUUAGUAAGCUUAUGGAGGGAACUCCUAAAUAUCAAUUUGCACUAAUGAAGAAGCAGAGCGGUCCAAAGGCUCUGGCCACCGUUUCGGAUGGCGCCGUAUCUGGCAAGAAUGAUGGCAAAUCGCAGUUGAGUGAAGUCCAUGAGCGCUGUUACACAGAUCUUCUGGAUCUUUGCCGUACCAUUGCUGCCCAACGAAACGUCACCAUGGCCAGUAUCAUGAAUAUGCAGGCUCUCAAGGCCAUGUCCGAGCAAUUGCCCCUCACCGAGCAGGACAUGUGCUCCAUUCCGCACGUGACCAAGGCGAACUUCGACAAGUAUGGCGCAAAACUAUUGGAAAUCACAUGUAAUUAUGCUUCGGAAAAGCUUCUGAUGCAAUCAAUGAUGGACGAAGAAGAGGAACAAAGGCAACAGGCUCCGAAAGUUACUGCCAGCUCCAGUGGACAAGCUUCGUGGGGUACCAGCAAUGGUCAUGGUGAUGAUAAUGUGGAUUGGGGUAGUGCAGCGGCGUCCCAAGGCAGCACUCCUGGUGGCAGUUCUCGCGGUGGAAAACGCAAACGAACCUAUCGAGCACGCGGUUCAUUUGGGGGAGCAAAAAGGCAUAAAGCAUCCAGCGGAACACCAAGAAAGGCAGCAGCAUCGAGAUCAAGUCGCGGUGGAGCCACUGCAGCUAGACGGGGUGGAUCUAGUGCAGCGGCAGGAUCAAGUGGUUCUGGUUGGAUAACUAAAAAAACAGGCACCUCGGCAAGCUUCAAAUUAAUGCCUCUACCAGGAUCCAAGUGAUCUAAAAAAUAUCCCCACUGAAUCUAUAGGGAUUUAGGAUAUACAAUUGGCACAGCAAUUGCUAUUUAUUUAUCUAGUAUAAUCCACACGAUUUAAAAUGAAUGUCAAUAGUCGAGCGCCAAGUAGUUUAUUUUGUUGUGUAAUUUGAAAGUUUUCUAACUAACUACAUAUAUAAGCAAAUCUUUAGUUUGAUACUUUUCACCUUGUUCUUGUUUUAGUUUAAGUGCGUUUGUAUUUAAUUUCAUUGUUUACCAUAAUAUUCGCAAUCAAAUCUCUUCAAAAUUUAA